CCAUCUGCAAUGACAUAGAGGCCGAGCUCAGUCCGGUUUCCCAGAGUGAGACGUAGACGUUACUCUCUAAAUUUAACAGAUCUUAAUAGUUUUUAAUUGUUUGAGGAGCAGCACUCACCAUGAAGUACAGGACGGUGGUGAUGUACAUGGAGAUCGGCUGCUUCGUGUCCUGCCUGUGCGGCUGGAUCCUGGUGUGCUCCACUCUUCCCACAGAGUACUGGACUUUCUCCGAGGUGGGCAGCAUCGUGUUGACCACCUCCAACUACUACUCCAACCUGUGGAGGGACUGCAUCUCUGACACCACAGGGGUGUCCGACUGCAAGGAUUACCCUUCCAUGCUGGCCCUGCCUGUGUUCCUACACGCCUGCAGGGCGCUCGCUGUCUGUGCCGUCAUCACUGGUUUCUUCGGAGGCGUCCUCACACUCGUGGGGAUGAAGUGCACUAAAAUAGGAGGGUCAGAGAUUGCCAACGCAAGGGUGACCUUUGCAGGCGGUAUAACCUACCUGGUUUCAGGAUUCUGUGGUAUGAUCACCUACUCAUGGUGGGCCAACAGAGUCAUAACAGAAUUCGUGGAUCCAAAUUUCAGGGCACAGAAAUUUGAACUUGGAGCGGCAGUUUUCAUUGGCUGGGGAGGCUCCAUCCUUCUCCUCGCUGGAGGGACGGUGCUGACUUACUUCUCUGGAAAAGAAGGUCUACCAUCAAGUUCUACAAACGUCCCACGUAGACCGGCCACUUAUGCCACUGCCCGAACCCGACGGACCUACAUGCUGCCAGCCACGUCGUCCAGGGUGACACUGGCGCCACCGUUGUUCUAUGAAGGCAGGACGAGCCGAACAACCAGAGCGACAAGGAAGACCGGUCAGACCUUCGGCAGGGACAGCUUUGUAUGAGCUGUGAAAGGGACUUCAGAGACUUUAAAGGAAUAGUUUGACAUUGGGAAAAACUCUAAUCUGCUUUCUUGCCCAGAAUGAGAUGAGAAGAUCAAUACCACUCUCGUGUCUGCAUGUUCAAUGUGGAGCUUGAGAGAGAGGUAGUUAGCUUAGCUUAGCAUAAAGACUGGAAGUUCGCAGCCGACGCUCCGCCAGAGGGAAACAAAAUCAGAACAUUUAGACUUCUAAAGUUCACUAAUUUAUAUGUUACAUCUUGUUUGUUUGAUCAGUACAAAAACCAAAGUGUAAAAAUAUAUGUGGGACUAUUUUUUGGAGGGAGACCCUUGGAGGACCACUACCACCUACAGAGGGAGGGUCAGAUGGCUGAUUGAACAAAACAUUUAUUAAUUAGUGAGCUGUAGAGGUGCUGGUUAUGUUCAUGUCAGUCAACUGUUUACCCCUAUGUGCAGUGUUUAUGCUAAGCUAAGCUAACGAGCUGCUGGCUCCAGCUUUAUAUUCAGCACACAGACAUGAGAGUGGUAUCAAUCUUCUCAUCUAGCUUCAGGCUUUUGUAUAUAUAGCCGUUUCUUGUCUUUCAUCAGGGAGCGUCCACUGUCUAUGGACCCUUCGAUUAGUUCCUGUCUGUCUGCAAGCUGAAACGUUCAGUAUAAAAAGAGAAGAAAACAUUAAUCUCUUCCAACUGGACAGCAUCAAAGCAUGUGAUACCACUUUGUUUACAAAUCUGUUCUAAAGUAAAAUGUUUCACAAUUCUUCAGCAGAGAUUUAUGCUUCAUGCACCUUCCCAAAUCUUUAUGGCUGCUCUGCUUUCAUCAGGCUGCUGUGGAGUCUGAGGUCCAUUGAUCAGUCUUGUGACUUAUAGAUAGCCACAGAUAUACUAUGUGUACAAAACAAUUACCACCAUCUCUUCAAAAAUGCUAUCAUAUUUAUUUUUGAGGCGAUUCAGGAUAUUUAUAUAUAAUAUAAAUGACCAUAAAUAUAAACAUGCAACCAACUUUUCAGAAGCCAUCAAUGGUAGAAAUUGAAAACACAACACUCAAAUCUCUUCAGUCUCUUCAUAUUUAUGGAUAAUUGGAAAUAAUUUAAAGUCAAUCUAAAAUGUAAAUGUUUGUGAAGAAUAUUUUUUAACACUUAAACUUAAUUAAGCCGUAAUUGUGUUUCUCUUCUGAAACAAGCCCUCCCUUUGUUUCUCGGUGGCUUCAUACACACAGCAGUCUGUCCUCUGCACCUGAACUUCUUCAGAGUCACCAGAAGAUGGCGCUCAAAAUUAGACAAAGAAACAACUGCUGAUGUUUCAUACAUUUUGGUGGUGAUCUAUAACUCACUGAUCAAUGGUCAACCUCAGAUACCGACCUGAUGAAGGCAAGACAGCUGAAACGGUUCAAUAAAGCAGGGUGAACUAGAGAGGAGUUGUACAGAGAGAGACAUGGCUCAGGUGUACCUCUACCUUAAAAUAGAAUACAUUUAUUUCUUAGACAGCACUGACAGCUCUCCUAUCACAGCCUGCCAGCACUCUGCAGAAGAGCCAGUCACACUCAACGAGGCCAGCGCUGUCAGAGCACGAAGCCGUCACAGCUGUCACUCUCCAUGAAAACCCAGUUCAUCAUAUUACAAAUCAGUUUCAUGGCUGAGUUAGCCGGUGGGAAGGAAGCUCUCACAUUGAGGAUUUUAUGUCUGCUGUCCCACCGCAUGACUAAAGACAACUACUAAUAAUUAAUCACACUCGUAGAUGGCAAAUCAUUAACUUAUGUAGAAGAAGCAAAACCACAAAACCACACUACAGAAAUACUCCAUUGACUUAAAAGUCCAACAUUCAGGAGGAUCUAUUGGCAGAAUUUAAUAUUCACAGGUAUGUUUUCAUUAGUGAAUAAUCACUUGAAAAUUGCAGAAGUUCCCCAGUCAGAUCAAUAUAAUUAAUGUAUUUAUAUGUAAGGUGAACUUGAAUGUUGUAGUUGAGGUGAAGGUGCAGCUAAUAUUAACUACAUCAUAUACUGUAGUUUCAUCUCUAACAAUACAUCAUGUUUUAUAAACUGCUCAUUGUCUCUAGUAACUGUAACUAUUCAAUAAUUGUAGUGAAGUUAAAAGUACAAUACCUUCUUCUGAAUUGUAGUGAAGUAGAAAUAUAAAGUGGCUUGAGACGAAAAUACUCAAGUGCAGUACAAGUUACCUCAAAUUUGUGAUUAAGUGCAGAGUAAAUGCACCAUUUCUCAUAUUUGAUCACCCAUAAAUAUAGUCUGCAUGUCCGAUUCUGCGUUUACUGUACAUUCAGUACCACUGGGGUUGAGGACAAACAUCUGUGAGUGAAUAAUUCUGUGGUGUUUCUGCAUCCUGUUUAUUUAGGAAUUGUUUUGUGGCUUGAAUUGUGUAGAACAAUUUAACUUAAAAUACUCACAGUCUAUUUGAUAUAUCAUUUUAUACAUUUAAAUCAGUGGAAGAAGUGUAGAAUGUGAAAAAAGCGUUUCCAUUUAUCCUGAAUUUUGCCUUUUAAAUAGAACUUUAUUCAUCUGAAGAACAGAGACGUGUCUUUAUUGUCUGCAGACCUGAUAAUGAAAUUGAUGUAUGAAGUCUUGCAUGGCUGGAAAUGUGAAUCAUUUUAUUAGACCAAAGCAUGGAGGUGUGAA